GUCGGUUGUUUGGGCCUCAACCCGUACCCCCAUUUCUAAAACCUUAUUUUCCCGGAAAAUUCUUUAUUUUCUGGGAAAAAUAUUUCACUGGUAGACCUAAAAACUGGAAUAUAUGACUGGAUAUCACUAUCCAUUCUCACUUUUUUUAUCAGCCCGGAUCCCCUCAAGUUUCACCACAGGCAACCAAGCUGUCGCUUGUUGGAUUCCACGCUCGGCUGGCUUGUUGGAAGCAUUGAAGCAGCGUUAACUCAGUCAGCCCCUCUUAAAGCCGGUGGCUCCGGCGGUGGCGGUGGAGCUGUUGCUUCUAAGGUCAACUAGGAUAAUGGAAAUGAAAGGCCAGGAAGGGUUUCUGGAUUACAAUCCCGCGUUUCGAGAGUCCUUGGAAGGCGAAGUUCGAAACAGAACUUCGAACCCAGAUCGGCUGACCGGCGGCGGAGGCGAAAGAAUUGAGCCCAAGCCAAGUGGGUCCAGCCUCAAAGUCGCAAUCCCGGCGGCUAGCGGCGGCGCUAGAUACAAAGAGUGCAUGAAGAACCACGCGGCGAGCGUCGGCGGCAAGGUGCUGGACGGCUGCGGCGAGUUCAUGCCCGGCGGCGAUGACGGCACGGCGGAGGCUCUCAAGUGCGCCGCCUGCAGCUGCCACCGCAGCUUCCACCGCAAGGACUCCGCCUCCGGCGCCGCCUUGCUGCACCCACUCCACCUCCCGCCGCCAUUGCCGUCGCCGCAGCUAAAAAUCUCGCCGCAUAUGAACGCCAAUUACUUCACCUCCAUGGUCCCGCCCGUCAAAGUAGCCUUCUGCGGCGGCGGCAGCGACUCCUCGAGCGAGGAUCUGAACUUCAACGCUCCGCCGCCCCCGCCCCCGCCGUUCGUGCUGUCGAAGAAGCGAUUCCGGACGAAGUUCACGCAGGAGCAGAAGGACAGAAUGCUGGAGUUCGCCGAGAAGGUGGGAUGGCGAAUUCCGAGGGAAGAGGACGCCGAAGUGCAGCGAUUCUGCGCCGAAGUUGGCGUCAAGCGACAGGUUUUCAAGGUUUGGAUGCACAACAACAAGACCUCGUCUUCCAAGAAGCAACAAAGCCAGCCGCAAGAAUGAUCUUCAUCAAGCAAAAUCAUAUUCCAAAUCCCUAGGAUAUUGGUGAUGAGUUCUGUAUAGAGAUUCAGAAAGACAUGGAUUUCAAUGAUUAGCUUCUUGCUGUUUAUAUCUAUAUCUAUCUAUUUAGAUAUAUGCAUGCUUCGUCUUGGGUUGAUCUGAUCAUGUUUUUUAAGUUCUGAUUUGAUUUUCACGGGAAUCUUC